AUGCAAGGAAAGGCGAGCGGCAAGGGAGCCGCCGUAAAGACGGAGUCCAAAGUGAAAGGGUUUCACUGGGAUCGCUCUCGAAUCUUCACGCCUGCCGGAUGGGGUGGCGUGGACUUGGGGUACGUGCUCGACGUUACGCGCUGUUUGACAGUAGUGGGCGCGUUCGACGAAACUCGCGACGACUGGGGGUACCAGACGGCCAAUGCUGCCGGCGUGGAACACCUGCGCUUGUUUGCAAGCGCCCAAUCGUUUGAGUUGCGGGUGUUGUGGUUGCUGCUGGCCGUGGAAUGCAUGCACCUUGCGAGGGUGAGUUUUCACCGGUUCGAUGAGUUCAAGGGUGCCAUGCGUGAGUUGCAUGAACGGGACCGCCUGGAGCGCUGGACUAUGAACGUGGGGUGGAUCGAGCUUUGCAAUGAUGAAACAUUGUUUGAGUACCUUGUAGCGUUUCUGUGGGCGCUUGUUGGACAAGGCAGCGGGCGACAUGGGCAUUCGCCGCUAACAGCGGGGCGCUUGGCCAAUUCGCUGUCUAAUUUCGCCCGGGUGUGGCGACAGAAGCAUGGGCGUUUGGACGCUCGGUCAGUCGCACGAAUCGCCACCCGCAUAAAUGUGCGGUGCGAACCUGAGUUGACCCGACCAGUCGCUGUCCAUCGAAAUCCCACGAUCGCGCUCGCGUGGGCAUUCGAGAUCGCGUGGGCGAUUGGCGGUCCGGCGGCAGCGCAAGUGCAAGGGGCGCGGCUCCCUGCGAGCGCCUGGUCGAGCGUAUGGGCUUCGCCGACGGCGAGUUCCUCGACGUUGGCGCGCGAAGAUGCGCAGGUGGCAGCGCGAUUGUCUGCGGCGCGGCCGGUGAAUCCGUUUGCGGGGUACAAUCCGCCAUUGGGGCCACAACAGGAUGGUCAGGUGACAGAGGCGGAGCCGCAAGCAGCCGCGGAUUAUCGGGCGGGGGCGCGGGCGGUUGCGGCGCCGCAGCAAGUUCUGGGGCCGAUGUCGCGGACGGCAACACCUGGGGCGCCAGGGGAAGAGGAGAAAUCGAUGGCGGCGGAAGAGGAAAAAGCCGCCGCGGGAUCCAGAGGAUCGUUUGCCGUGGCUUCAUCGGUCGUAGAUGUAGAUAAUGGGGGUAAAUAA